UGCUUAGUAUAGCUUGGGAACAAGUCAUCGAUGCCUCAUGCCAAUCAGGUGUAAACCCAAAUACUAAAUCAUGUAAGGCUGGUGAAUUAUGUGGAUUUUAUAAAAAUUCUGAUGAUUGUAUACCAGGCGUUUUUUGUAUAAAUGGUAUUUGCCAAAAAACACUAGACGAUGGUUGCGUUGUAGGAGGACGACUACGAAAUUGUCGUCAAGGUGACGA